AUGUGCAUCGACUACAGCAGCCUGAACAAGGCCCGCCCCAAGGAUCCAUUCGCCCUCCCGCGGAUCAAUCAAGUCAUCGACUCCACCGCCAGCUAUGAGCUCCUGUCCUUCCUGGAUGCUUACUCCGGCUAUCACCAGAUAAAGCUGGACUCGGCCGACGCCCUGAAGACGUCCUUCAUCACGCCCUUCGGGGCGUAUUUCUUCAUCACCAUGUCAUUCGGCCUGAAGAAUGCUGGAGGACGAAGCUUUCAGGGACCUCAAGUGCAUGCUCUCCCCGCACCCAUCCUGGCCGCGCCGGCCGAGAAGGAGCCGCUGUUGCUCUACAUUGCCGCAACCUUGCGGUCGGUCAGCACGGUGAUGGUGGUCGAGCGACCAGAGAAGGGCAAGAUCCAAGCCAUCGAGCGCCCAGUGUACUACCUGAGUGAGGUGCUCUCCGCCUCCAAGAAGAACUACCCGCACUACCAGAAGAUGUGUUAUGGCGUGUACUUCUCCGCCAAGAAACUGAAGCAGUACUUCUAA